AAAGAAAAUCCCUGUGAACGGAAGGAAUGUGAGAGGGCUUCUGUUCACUCAGGAAGCCUUUGUGAACAUGUACCAACUCACACUGCUAACAAAUGUUAUAGAUAUGAGGAAUCUGGAAAAGUCUCUGCUGCAUCCCUAAGCCUUAGUAGACAGAUAAAAACACACACUGGGGAGAAGCCUUUUAAAUGUGACACAUGUGGAAAAGCCUUUAGAUUGUCCUCAUACCUUCUUGUUCACAGUCAAGUUCACAGUGGAAUAAAACCCUACAAAUGUAAGGAAUGUGGGAAAGACUUCAGUGGUUCUCUGCCUUUUAAUGUUCACUUGCAAACUCACACUGGAGAGCAACCCUAUAAAUGUAAGGAAUAUGGGAAAACCUUCACUGGAUCCUCAGGCCUUACUCAACACAUGAAAACUCACACUGGAGGGAAACCUUUUAAGUGUGACACAUGUGGAAAAACCCUCACUCGAUCCUCAGGCCUUAAUCGACAUAGGAAAAUUCACACUGGAGAGAAGGCUUUUAAGUGUGACGCAUGUGGAAAAACCUUCACUCGAUCCUCAGGCCUUAGUGAACAUAUGAAAACUCACACUGGGGAGAAGCCUUUUAAAUGUGACACAUGUGGGAAAUCCUUCACUGGAUCGUCACACCUUACUUGA